CGUGAACCCCGUAGACUCACUCCCGUUUCCCGGCAGAAGAACGCCGCCGUGGGGGGCCUGGCGGGCGACGCGCAUGCGCGGUGCGGGCUGCCCGGUUCCGGCGGGGGCGGGGCGGCCAGGCCAGGCCAGGCUCCGGUGGCGGCGGCCGCGCCAUGCGUGCCUGGUAGAGUGCGGCGGGGGCGGAGGGUCGAGCCGCAAUGAACCUGCGCGGCUUGUUCCAGGAUUUCAACCCCAGCAAAUUUCUUAUUUAUGCCUGCCUGCUGCUUUUUUCUGUGUUGCUCUCCCUACGCCUGGAUGACAAAAUUCAAUGGAGUUACUGGGCUGUAUUUGCUCCAAUAUGGCUAUGGAAGUUAAUGGUGAUUGUUGGUGCCUCAGUGGGAACAGGAGUAUGGGCUCGAAACCCGCAGUAUCGAGCAGAAGGAGAAACCUGUGUGGAGUUCAAAGCUAUGCUAAUUGCAGUAGGCAUCCACCUGCUACUGCUGAUGUUUGAGGUUCUGGUGUGUGACAGGAUCGAAAGAGGAACCCAUUUCUGGCUCCUGGUCUUCAUGCCAUUAUUCUUUGUAUCUCCAGUGUCAGUGGCAGCUUGUGUGUGGGGAUUCCGACAUGACAGGUCCCUGGAGCUGGAAAUCCUGUGUUCAGUCAACAUUCUACAGUUCAUAUUUAUUGCACUCAGACUAGACGAGAUCAUCAGAUGGCCGUGGCUUGUUGUUUGUGUUCCACUGUGGAUCUUGAUGUCCUUCCUGUGUCUAGUAGUGCUCUAUUACAUUGUAUGGUCUGUUCUGUUCUUGCGCUCUAUGGAUGUGAUUGCUGAGCAAAGGAGGACACACAUAACAAUGGCUGUCAGCUGGAUGACAAUUGUAGUUCCACUGCUCACGUUUGAGAUCUUACUAGUACACAGGUUGGAUGGGCAUAAUUCUUUUUCUUUUAUACCCAUAUUUGUUCCUCUCUGGCUUUCACUGAUAACUUUAAUGGCAACAACAUUUGGACAAAAAGGAGGAAAUCACUGGUGGUUUGGAAUUCGCAAAGACUUUUGCCAGUUCCUGCUUGAAAUUUUCCCAUUCUUACGAGAAUAUGGAAAUAUUUCUUAUGAUCUUCAUCAUGAAGAUAAUGAGGAAACAGAAGAAACACCACUGCCUGAACCACCAAAAAUUGCACCAAUGUUUCGAAAAAAGACUGGAGUGGUCAUUACACAGAGUCCUGGAAAAUACGUGAUUCCACCUCCCAAGUUAAACAUUGAUAUGCCAGAUUAAGAUGACAGCAGCAUAUUAAACUUGAACUGGGAAUCAACGGACAAAUGUAUUUCAUCUCAUGCCUUGUCCCAAUUACUUUAAAAUAGGUAUUGCUGAAUCAGUGGCUUGGAUUACACAAAUCAGAGAUCUUCAAGAUAAUCUGAGAGUUUUUCCAGAGAUACAUGGUGGUCUAAUUUGUGAAUCUUCCUAAUGGGUCGGUUGCACGCUUGCCUGUAUAGUAUUUAUAUGAACAUUUUAGCAGUGUAAUAUAUUGUUUAAAAGUCUCGUUGUGUACAGUAUAAGUAUUAUCUAAAAGUAUUUUUUUAAAAACCCUGUAUGAAAUGCCUAUGCUAUUCCAGGUGUCUUUUAGGUCCUAAAUAUACACUUGAUUUCCAUGUCUGUUUUAAA